GUAAAUUUCCCGACUAAAAUUUGCGAAAAGAAAUCCGACGCCUGAGUUUUCGGUCUCGUUCUUUUCGUAUCGAAAUACCGGACGGUGUCUAAAUUUCGCAAUUGUUUGUGCGCGCGCGUGUGUGCUAUGUGUUUAUGUGCGGUGUGUGUGUGUAGUUGAACAAAAAGUUACAAAAUUGAAAUAACGAAAGAAAUAGUAUAUUUCGAGUGUGAAACGAUAUUUUAAAAGCGUAUCAGAGCAUAACUACUUCCCACGAGUUCUCCCGGAAGUAGAUGCAGGAAACAUCAUCUGCCAGUACAUCAGAAGCAACUGCCGGAGAAGAAGAAGCGGACAGGGCGUCAGGAUGUCACGCAAUAAAGACAAGUACGAAAGCAACAACCCCCGGAGGCAGCAAACAUUUCUGACCGCCGAAGACAUUGCCGCCGGGAAGAAGACGUGUUGGCAUGGCAUCGAGAUAACGGGCAGUGUGCGCAAUCUUAGCCCGACGCUCUGGAAGUUCGAGCACCUUACGGCACUCUUCCUAAACGAUAACUGUCUGACUCGCUUGCCGCACCAGAUCGGUCAGCUGGCCAACCUCCGGACGCUCGAUCUGUCCGCAAACAAGCUGCGCAGCUUGCCGGCUGAGCUGGGUGAGCUGAUACAACUACGGGAAUUACUGUUGAACAAUAAUUACCUGCGAGUGCUUCCGUACGAGCUUGGUAAGCUGUUCAACCUGCAUGUGCUUGGAAUUCACGGAAAUCCGCUCGGCAAGGAUGUGCUUUCGAUCUACAACGAACCGAACGGGACGUCCAAAUUGCUGAUGUACAUGUUGGACAAUCUGUCAGUUACGGUUGCUCCGCCACCACAGCGACCCUGGAUCCCACUAGCGAGACCCAAUCGCAACCGUGGUGCAUGUAUAUUCACGGUCAUGUGCUACAACGUGUUGUGCGAUAAGUACGCGACGAGACAGAUGUACGGCUACUGUCCCAGCUGGGCACUAAGCUGGGAAUACAGGAAAAAGGCCAUUCUUGACGAAAUACGACAUUACGCGGCGGACAUCAUCAGUCUGCAAGAGGUGGAAACCGACCAAUUCUUUAACUUCUUCAAGCCGGAGCUUAAGAACGAUGGCUACGAAGGCAUCUUUUCACCCAAAUCACGCGCUAAAACAAUGUCGGAAGCGGACCGAAAGUACGUCGAUGGAUGCGCGAUCUUUUUCCGUUCUGCAAAGUUUACGCUAAUCAAGGAGCAUCUGGUCGAAUUCAAUCAGUUGGCAAUGGCUAACGCCGAAGGUUCGGACAACAUGCUCAAUCGCGUGAUGCCGAAGGACAACAUCGGACUAGCGGCACUACUAAAGGUGAAGGAAAGUGCAUGGGAGAGUGUUUCCCCGGAGGCGGCCCAGAUUUCGCAGCCGAUCCUGGUGUGCACGGCGCACAUCCACUGGGAUCCGGAGUUCUGCGACGUGAAGCUCAUCCAAACGAUGAUGCUGAGCAACGAGCUCAAGACAAUAUUGGACGAAGCAGGGCUGAGCUUCCGGCCGGGACACAAGUUCGAUGUAAAUAACGUGCAACUGGUGCUGUGUGGUGACUUUAACUCGCUUCCAGACUCGGGUGUGAUUGAAUUUCUAAGUGCCGGGCGUGUAUCAAUGGACCAUCAAGAUUUCAAGGAGCUGGGCUACAAAUCCUGCCUGCAGCGUAUAUCAAAUUGUGAUACACCAAAUGAAUUUACUCAUUCCUUUAAACUAGCGUCAGCGUACAGUGAAGAUAUAAUGCCAUAUACAAAUUAUACAUUCGAAUUUAAAGGUAUUAUCGAUUACAUAUUCUACUCGAAGCAGGGCAUGGUGCCGCUCGGGCUGCUCGGUCCAAUCUCGUCCGACUGGUUGCGGGAGAACAAGGUGGUCGGUUGCCCCCAUCCGCACAUACCGUCCGAUCACUUCCCGCUGCUAGUCGAGCUCGAGUUAAUCCAUAUGCCAACGACGGGUGCCCAACCGAAUGGGCUGAUCGGUCGAAGGUAGCAAUAAACACCUGCUAGCAAUGUAAUAGCCAGUAGGCAGAUUGACACCGUGCAAAACUGACUGCAUAAUAUGACCUCCGCCGCGAACAUACCACCACCACCACCACCACCAAAUUCAAUCACCAGCUGAAAAAAACAUCUUGGUACUCUCUUGUACGUAAACAUCGUCAUUGUUAGCGGGCGGACAUUUAAGCAACACAGCACCACGCCAGACUAAAAGCAUGUAAAUGGCACAUUACUAGAGCAUCAUCACCCUGGCAGUGCGGAGGAAUGGGAAACUGCACUUGUCAGUAGCAGCAGAUACCAGCACCAGGACAGUGUUUCCCACAUCGAAAUCAUCGUUGUACACAUCGGAGAAAUGCGGAGACAUUGAUCAUCACCUUGUAAUCGCUGCCCAGUGUAACGCGCUGUCUUAAGAUCGCCGGCCAAGCAAUUGCCGAGGCCAUUGAGGAGAAUGACAUUAAAUAAUUGUAUAAUAAGCAGCCACUCAUGCAUGCACACGCACACACACACGAACUCCAGAUUGAGCAAUGAUUCGUUUUCUGAAAUAGCGACAUCGAUCGGAAAAAAAUGACAUACAACAAUCGGUCGGGUAGAUGAAAACAAACGAAAACGCAAAUUCAACGUAACACCGCAAUGCCGCAAUAACAGAACAGUAAAGAUUAAUGAAAGCAUGCAAGUAAAGUAAUAAAAUUGCACGCAAUAGGCAACCAAGGUCAAGUAAAAAAGGACACUGAACAGCAUAAAACCAAAAUGCAAGGGACAACACAUGAACCAGAAAACAACAUCUACAACAAAACUGUUGCUGCUAAAACCUUACCCACAAGAUCAAAACAAAAAUGCAUUAGCAUCUGUGUCACUGAAAUCAUGGAAAACGUUUGUACACAUAGCAUAGCUACCAGAUCCUAUACAAGAAGGGCCUUCGUUGGGGGCCUGUGAAAAAGUGCAUUCAUGGUGACAAGACAGUGAACACAAUGAAAAAUCAAAGUCCUAUUGUACAGAAUGACGUAAUUAAGAAAAGGAGUAAAUGGGAAACACUUUCACGAAACGGUUCGAAUCUCAGCUUUAACCGAAAUGAAGCGCACCGCGCAUGGCAUGUCAAUGGGAUAGCAGCAUUUCCGGACGGUUUUACGUCACGGCAUUGGCGCUGUCUCUUCCUUUUCCGUUUGCCUUUUGUUUUUAUCCUAUCAACUAUUUGCUAGUUUUAGCUAAAAACAAGUCGAUCCUCUUGAUGAUCUAUAGUUGCUUUGUUUCAUUUAUUUUUAAUUCCAUUUCCCAUCCAUUAAGUGUGUAUAUUUUUGCUAAUUGUACAAUAUGUUCCCCCUUCCUGCUUUAGUCAAUUUUACCGCUUAAAGCCGAGACAAGAACCAAAACGAACUUCUGUAUUGUACAACUAAACAUGGGCAAAAUGUAAACGAGAGAACAUUUUUGUUUGAUUGCUUUUCAAAGCUUUGCUUUUUGGUAGUUAUUCGAUGAAGGAUUAUUUUUUAUUUGGUUAGCCAAGAUUGUAAGUUCUAAUUGGGAAAAAGCUUUAUCUUUUGUUUACUUUAAGAUACUACACACACUCACAACAAACUCCGACCCGAACCGCAGAUAGGUUUCGAAAUGAGUCAUAAUGCAUUUUUCGUUACACUUUUUCAUCUGGUGAUUUUGUAUCAUGUUAAUUCUAUUUUACACGAACAAAGAGAUUGUGCUACUAUUAUGUAGGUUUUUUUUUUCUGUGUCCUGAAUUUGUGUGUUUAAGUAGUUUAUGCAAUAACACUUCCGUUCUUGAAAUCACGUAUGAAAAAUAAUCUGAAAAGGAAAAUGAACCGUUAUAGAACUUGUGUACGCCUUUAGCAAAGUUUGUGGCUCUGCUAAUAUGAACAGUGAAACAAAGAACAUUAAAACCGAAAAAAAACAUGCGACCAUAUGUAAAUGGGAAGAAAACUGGAGACAAGUGACCGCGCAGAAUGGAAGGUUGUUACGGAUACUAUAUAGGAAGAGAAACUUUGGAGGCAAUAGAAAUUAAAGGAAGGUGUAUCCGUAUCGUUUUAAGGCUGGAUUAUAGAAGUAAUAAAACUAACACAAAUAAAAACGAAAACAAAAAAUUAGCAAAUGUGCAAAUCCUUGAAGAGGACAGAUAAACAUCAUGCAAACGGAAUGCAAAAU